CGAACAUUAGGUGGCGUUAGAAACGUAAUGGAAGAUGAUUUCUUAUCUUUGCAGAAAUAUCUCUAAAAAUCUUAUUAAAAGUAACCUUAAAUUACAAAUUAGAAAAAGUCAUGCGCAAUGGACAUAUCGAGCUCCUCAACCUCCUCCUGAAAAGAAAUUUGAGAUUUUAGCAGAGGUUGUCGGAGGAUUGGCUUGGUGGUGGAUUCUCUGGCAUUUAUGGCACGAUUGGGGUCAUAUUGUAGGUGAAUUUCCUUAUCCAGAUCCCAGUAAGUGGACUGAUGAAGAAUUAGGAAUACUACCUGAGGACGAAAAUUAAAAUACUUAAAUGUAGGAACAUUGUGUAGAUAUUUCUUUUAGGAAAAAGAAAUGUAUAGAAAUUAACAUAAUUAAAAUUUCUAGAUUAAA